AUGGCCCUGUUGGCAUCAGCAGCGCGUGUCCCGCGCCGUGCGCCCCUGCCGUGGUGCGCACUGGCACGCCACGCACACUUUGACUCGAAUGCAUUUGUGCAGCGCCUCGAGAAGGCCGGCAUCACUCGCCAGCAAGCAGACGUCCUGGUCACGGCGCUCACGGACGUGAUCAAUGAGAGCGCCGAGAACAUUGCGCGCGGGCUCGUGCGCCGUGACGAGGCGGAGCGGCUCAACUAUACGCAAAAGGUCGAUUUUGCCAAGCUCAAGUCGGAGAUCCAGCUCCUCGAGCGCAGUGACUUUGUGCUGAUGAAGUCGGAGAACGAGCGGCUCAUGGCCGACGUCGAAAAGCUCAAGCAGCGCCUGCGCGAGGAGAUCGCACGCACUACGGCGGGCGUGCGUCUCGACUUGAACCUCGAGAAGGGCCGCAUCCGCGACGAGUCGUCCGUGCAUGCCCUCAAGAUCAAGGAGGUCGACACGCGCAUCGAGUCGGAAAUUGCCGGCGUGCGCACCAGCAUCCAGAGCGCCAAGUUCAAUGUGCUACAGUACCUCGUUGGUGUCGCUACGGGUGCGGGUGCCCUGCUCCUCGCAUACCUGCGCAUGUUCCGCUAG